GUCUAUCUGACUGGCUGACUGGCUGACUGAGAGUCUGGUGGCUCUCUCUAGAAAACAAAAACAAAACACCAAGGGAGAAUCGCGCUGGUGGAGGCUGUUCUGGUAGUCCAUCCAACAAGGGAGCGCUACUGCACCGCAUAUUAGAGUGCUAAACAUACGAAACAUCCACCAAUUGCCCUACCCACACCAAGACAAAUCCAGAGCAAUCCCGAACAGGGGGGCAAUCAAUACAAGCUGGAAAAAUAGCCAAGCCAAGCGAAACGCUACCGUCGAACGCUACGCUGGACGGGGACCACCACCACACACUGGAGUCCAUACGACGGACUGGACCACACUGAGAAAUCGGAAACCUCCUUCUUAAACCUCUGCCGGCUCCCCCUCCCGAAAAAAGGCCCCCAUUGUCAUUCGCUCGUUUUUGCCUCUUGUGUCGCAAAGACUUGCACAACAACAAAACAAACAAACAACAACAACGACAACAACAACGACAUUAUCAUUCUUAUCCACAAGCGCAGCAUCUGUCGUACAGUACCUGUCGAGAGCUGUCGUCACUGCCGAAUACCCGCCCAGGCCAAGGCAAACCCCCCCGCUCUGCCGCCUGCGCCCGUCCAUGUCGGCUGCCCACUCAUCAACCACAACAGCGACGCCCGCUUUGCUCUCAUAGUGUGCAGUGUGUGACCGAUUGGUGUGAUGGAAGUACGAGUCGCAACCACACAGAGCACUUCUUCGUCGCCGCCGGGCGCCGGCAAGUAUCCUCGCCGCGGAAGACGCGAGAAACCAUGGCCGCCCUCUAAACAGCGGAAGCUCUUGCGCCUCUAUGUCUGCACACAAAGCGAGCGCCUGCCCCUGGUGCGCAUUCUCGAACGGCUAAAGGAUGGCACUUUUGACCCAAGGCAACGAAAUUCUCACAAGCACCUCAAAAAUCUAUUACCAGACCGUCGCAUCGAUGACUGGCGACCGAGGGACCUGGCCUCGAUGUUGGUUCGAGUGCGCUUCCUCAGAUCAGUCAGGGCCGAGAGGAGGAUGAGGAGGAAAAACCGAGAUCACAGGGCACGCGGCGGCAAUACGAACCAGCACCAUGCCGCCGCCGACAUAGAGUGGAGAUCGCCGACGGGGUACCUGGGCAGUCGCAUGGGAGUGGGUAUGAUGGACAGGGGGGCCAUGGAUACGGAUGUCAUCAUGAACUUGGAUGGAAUCCCUCUCCGCAAUAAUCAACACAUCCACCAUCACCGAGGCCGCCACAAUUCCGCCCAGUCGUCACCACAAGCCUUGCUAUCCGAGUCGGCCACAGCAAGCCCCGAAACCUCGCACGCAUCCCACGCGUCAUGUCAGCUUCACCAGUCACCCAUCAACUCCCCGGAGACGUCGCACACCUCUCAUGGCGCCCCAUCGCACCGAGAGAGGUCACCAGUGAGGUCCGAAAAGUCCAUGUCAAGUUCGCUCAAGUCAGCAUCGGAAUCCCUUAGGUCGGCAUUCAAGAGGAGGUCAUGGGCAUCGGUGCUGUCGAGCAUAUCGUCGGGUAUCUCCAGUCUUGCCCGUUCUUCGUCAUCGGCAUCUUCCAAGGGGGUUGGCCACAGCGAGAACGGUCCCACGGUUGCGCUCAGCAAGUUGAGUCGAGAUGAUUUUCUUUCUCUGCUGGAAGAGAACAAGCCAUUGGCAUCAGCAACCAAAGCAAAGGUUGCCAAGGCGCUGCAGAACCCCUUGUUCAAGAAGAAGUACUCUUCUGUUAACCCCAAGACGGAGGAAUUGAACAAUGCGUUGCUUGCCAUGUGCUGCUCGGCUCAUAUUGAAACCAGCUCCCCUCCUUGUGUGCAUGAGAGACUAUCCAAGGCCAUUGAGGCCCAGGACUCGGAAGGUCAUGCCUUCCGCAAGUUUACCGUUACCGACGAGGAGGCCAAUAUGGUGGACAAGUAUGGCAACAUUCUUCUGCACGUCGCUGCCCGAUGGGGCGCCCGUGUUUCCAUUUUGUUGUUGCUUCUGCGACACACUGAUGAUAUCCAGGCAGUUAACGUCCGUGGCGAGACUUUCCUCCAUGUUUACGAACCCCCAAGCCACCCAAAGCUAAGGCCAGCUUCUUUCAUCAACCUUGUGCGACAUCUGCGAUCACGGGGCUUCGACUUUUGCCAGCGAGACGUCGAGAAGCGGACAUUUCUACAACACCUGGUCCCCAAGAAGACCUUCCCCAUCGAGAUCCUUCAUUGUCUGUUCCGUGAAGUCGGCCACGGGACGGCCCGCUUCCUUGUUGCCAACAAGUGCUCGGCUGACGAACGACUGUGGCACUGCAUCCGCAAGAACCUUUCGUAUCAAUCGCCCAAACUCCACCGCAUCUUCGGCGACGAGCAGGAGUUUGUCCGGCGCUAUCUCCCCGAAUUCAUGGGGGAUUCCUCGUGCAACAACUCGACGCGCAUCACCAUGACCUCCGACUCGGACAGUUGGCGCGGCAGCUCAAGUCGCGGCAGCACCGCCAGCAGCUCCCAAAGCAUCAAGCGAACGCCCGUCAUGCGUCUCUUGUGCAAGAUUGCUUCCGGUCGAGACUCGGACAAACACGGGGGCGAGGCAAACCUGGACCAGCGCCUCGAGGCCCUCCUCGGCAUCGGCCCCAAAACCACCAAGCAGGACAUCGAAGCCUGGCUCAACGAGCGAGACACUGAAGGUAACUCGGCGCUACAUUAUGCCGCUGAGUUUGGCAUUGUGGCGGCUGUCAAGUUCAUUACUUCGCAUGGCGCGCAGGUGAACGUCAUGAAUAACUGCGGCAACACUCCUCUUCAGCUCAUCAAGUACGCGAUCCAAAGGACGGACGUCAGGACAGAUGUGUACAUGGAGGCACGAUAUCUACGCUGUGCGGUGCUUUUGUUGGAGAGAGGAGCAUUCGAUCAGAGCAAGCUUGUUAGCGAGCGAAGCGUUAUUUACCCGUAUGAUGUGUUUGACGGAAGCGAGAGGUGCAUUACCAAUCUGGUGAAGCAGGGUGUGGCGUACGAGUGUCGCGGGCUGCAUUUGCUAUCCUCAUCAAUAGCACCGCAUGGGCCAGCGAUGUGGAUGGAUGAGAAUGGACAUAUGCAGUUUGCGCAACACCCUUAUGAUGAGGAAGGAGAUAAUGGGGAGGGAAGUGGACAUGCGCAUGGGCACGGACAUGGAGGAUACGGGAUGCACGGGAUGCCGAUCGGUGCGGGCGGCAUGCCGAUGCAUUUGGAGUUUCAGACUUCCUUUCUUGGUUGAUCUCGGUUGGUGAUCUCUUUAUGGAGUUUUGGGUUGAAAGGGGGCAGGAAAGGAUGAUAUGAGAAACGGAGAAUGGCGCAUAAGACGGGGAAUUUGUUUGGAUAAGAAGCGAUGGCGAUGUAGGGGUGGAUAUUUCCUUUCUUUUUUUCCCUUUGUCGGCUUCUUUCUCUUCUUUCUAUCUUUUCUGAGAUGGACUUGGAUAUUUCACGGCUAUGGGGCCUCGCAUCAGCAGGCGACAGGCGUUCAAUGCUCUUUCAUUAUCACCAAGGGUCUUGUUGCAUUUGAGAGCCAUUGUAAUCAUCAUCAUCUUCAUCCCCUUCCAUUUGUGUACAUUUUCCGGGGCCCUCAUUGUACUGCCUCUAGUUAUCAUGACUGUCUGUCUCUUAACCUACAGGGCAGACGUCGAUGGAAAAAGCUCACGAUGUCGACGAACAAAAAAGUUAUGUCUCUUACGUUUUAGAGCAUCGGGAUAGGCUUCCCUCCCCCACCUUGAUGCAAUAAAAGUACAUACAUGUCGACUAAUACCUACCUACCUGCUUUUACAUGUCUACCUAUGUCCUACUCCCAUAUUUGGUACCCAUUCUUCCUUUUGUUCCCUUUUUUUCUAGUGUAAAGUAUCCCAACAUGCAAGAGCCUUGCAGAUAUAUCACUCUUAGCGUCGGAGAUCUUUAAUUCCAUCCACAGAACCAAUCAUGAAUAUAACAGACCAAUGAUUCCCAAAAGCCUUCGACACACUGUCUCCAAGAC